CAAGAGAGAAAGAGAUUGUGAGAGAGACAGAGAGAAAAAGAGAGAGAUUAUCCCCUAACUCUCAGUAUGGCUGGAGCCACUUCUUUGGAGUCAGUGAGACGGAAGAUCCAGAGCCUGCAGCAACAGGCGGACGAGGCGGAGGAACGGGCCGAGCAGCUGCAGCGGGAGCUGGACAAGGAACACGAACUGCGGGAGAAAGCUGAAGGAGAGGUCGCUGCCCUCAACAGAAGGAUCCAACUGGUUGAGGAAGAGCUGGACCGGGCACAGGAACGUCUGGCCACUGCCCUGCAGAAGUUAGAGGAGGCAGAGAAGGCAGCGGAUGAGAGCGAGAGAGGUAUGAAAGUGAUUGAGAACCGUGCAAUGAAGGACGAGGAGAGGAUGGAGCUCCAGGAGCUGCAGCUGAAGGAGGCAAAACACAUUGCAGAAGAGGCUGAUCGCAAAUACGAAGAGGUCGCUCGUAAACUUGUCAUCCUUGAAGGGGAGCUGGAGCGAGCUGAGGAAAGAGCUGAAGUCUCCGAGAUGAAGUGUUGUGACCUGGAGGAGGAACUGAAAAAUGUUACCAACAAUCUCAAGUCACUGGAGGCUCAAUCAGAUAAGGUAAAGCGUGCCUUCCUACCCCUCUCACACACUCUCACACUGUAAAAGCUGGUUUGAGUA